UCUCAACCACCCACACUCUUUCUUUCAGAAACCGAGGACGCCCAAUCGAUCUCGCCUAUGCAUGACAUUCCGCUGUACGCCAACGAUGCCAAAACGGUGUUCAACAUGGUUGUAGAGGUACCUCGCUGGACCAACGCCAAGAUGGAAAUCUCUCUGGGCGAUCCUCUGAACCCCAUCAAGCAGGACGUCAAGAAAGGCAAGUUACGGUUCGUAGCCAACUGCUUCCCUCACCACGGAUACAUCUGGAACUACGGAGCACUACCGCAAACGUGGGAAAAUCCCGACCAUCUGGACCCGAACACCGGUUGCAAGGGUGACAACGAUCCAAUCGAUGUGUUGGAAAUCGGCUCUCGUGUGGCCAAGCGCGGUGAGGUUGUCCAGGUUAAGAUCCUCGGAACGGUCGCCUUGAUUGACGAGGGUGAAACCGACUGGAAGAUUAUCUCAAUCGAUGUGAACGAUCCGGUCGCUGAUCAGCUGAACGACAUCAAUGAUGUGGAUAAGGUGUUUCCGGGAUUGCUCAAAGCCACGGUUGAAUGGUUCAAGAUUUACAAGAUUCCGGACGGCAAACCGGAGAACCAGUUUGCAUUCAACGGAGAGGCUAAGGAUGCUGCUUUUGCGACCAAGGUAGUUGAGGAAACCCACAAAUUCUGGGAAACAUUGAUCAAUAAGACAGUGGAAGUUAUCGGCAUCUCUUGUUUGAACACGAUGGUUGAGGGAUCUCCCUAUCUGGUGGCCGCUGAUGCUGCCGAAGAGCUGUUGACUAAGAGCUCCAAUGAAGGAAAGUCCGAGCCCCACAGCGAUGUCAUUUACAAGUGGCACUUCCGCGAAGAGAAUUCCUAUUCAAAGUUGUAGUUCUGCGUUAUCAUCUCCCCGACGAGACCACGCAUUCCCACUAAUGUACGUUGGAACAAACGAACCGCAAUUGACGUCUCCACGCUGCUUACCGUAGAAUUAUGUAAUAUUUAUUUCAUCGUGACUUUUCGGUGGAUAUGGUCUAGAAAAGGUUGAUUAUCUGUUAAUUUUAAUAGCUCGGUUUAAUUUAGUAGUGCAAGUAAAUCAACGACCUGAAUGCUUUUAUGAA